CGAUAUUUAUUUCGGAUAAUCAAUUGCAAAAUGUGACAUACAAAAAAAAACGACAUUGCCCGCCAGGUAUUCCCUCACACAAAUAUCAGUUUGCAAUAAUUCGAUUUCAGUCACAAUGAAGACCAAUAAAUUUCAAAGUAUUUCCUCGGAGCAGUCCGAGCAGAUGACAAGCUGCUGCUCCUCGGGGGUGUCGCAGGUGCGCGACCUCAUUCAGGAGCUGAUGGGCCCCCGCACAGUGUUGAUCCGGAAGAUCGCCUGGACACAAAUGUUGCCCGUGAGCCGAGACGAAUUCGGUGGCUACUUCGACGACUGGUGGCCGGACUACACGAUCUACUCGCCGGCCCAUGCCAUCACAGAUAUGAACGGUUUGCUGGUCUACACGCAGGACGCCCUGAAGGGCAUGCCCAAUGACCUUGAGCUAAUCUCCGCAAAGUUCCAGUCUACGUAUAAAAAAUCCAAGCUAAACACACGCGACAGGCGCAAUCGGAACCGCGUCAUCAACGGCCUCAUCAAGGACAUUAUUAUCUUCGUGACAAAUGUGGAGCGCCAUUGCCGGAAGAUGCUGGACAAACGUCGGGCCUACUACGAGCAGGCCAGCCUAUCCAAGGACACCGCCGAUCGCGUACAACUGAAGAUCUUUGACGAGCAGAGCUUCAUCCAGCUGCAGACCAGUAUGCGCAGCCUGGAGGGAUUCGUGCAGAACUUUAUCUCCCUGUUUGUGGCCGAGGCGGAAGCUGAGGUCGAUGCCGAGAUUGGGGCCGGGGAAAAGAAAGGCAUGCUGCAGGACCCGCUUGCAGAGCCAGCACCACACCCACAACCACUCCCGCCACCGCCACCGCCACCGAACAAAGCCAAGGCACGACGUUAAGCCAACCGAUCAGGAAGUCAUCUUGUCGCUUAUUCCCAAGCCAUUGCCAUUGCCAGCGCCAUCGUUUCUAUUGUACUCUCAGACAGGCGGCUCAGACACACAUAACGGGCACAGGGAUCCGAGCAGCGGUAAUAAAGAGUUUCGCCCCCCA